ACUCAGUGUCCCCGCGGAUGGCAAUGGGAACAUGCCCCGCAAUUGGUUGUGUCGUGCCUGGAAAUGCCAUCUCUGGGACAUUCCUGUGACGCCUUUCCUGUUGCUCUACAUCGGGACCUUUGGGAUCUUCCUCCCGUUGAUAUGUUGGGAUUUGCCGUAUUCCCACUUUUACCAGAGGAAGUCUCUCUCCCUCCAGAGAACAACAGACUAUCUCACAAACAGUCUGGAGGAGGCCAGGAAAGCCGUCAGAUACUUCGAGACCAUAGAGGCUGAGAACCGUUCCUCCGGGCCGGAGCCGGAGCCGGGAGCGUGUGAGCUGGUGAUCACGGUGGUGACCACCCCUCGGUCUCGGGGACGAGACCACCGCUACCUCCUACGUACCGUCUCCUCCUUCCACCGCCUCCUCAGCUCCUGCCCCGACUGCGCCUCCUACCGGCUGCUCCUUUGCAACGUGCACCAGCCACCUGGGGAGCACACGGACGCCGUCAGAGCCUCGCGCUUGGCCUCACGCACGGUACAGCGCCACGUCCGGGAGCCUGGACCACCCGCCGGAAGUCUCCCGCUCCCACCAUCGCCGACCGAGGUGGACAACCUCUUCGAGAAGGAGAAGAAGGAUUAUAUCUUCUGCCUGAACCAGUCGCUGAGCCUGUUCCUCCCUCGCCAUGUGCUGCUGGUGGAGGAUGACGCUGUGCCCAGGCCGGACAUCUUCCCGGUCCUGCGGGAUCUGCUGAGGAGAAGGUCGGCCAAACGCCAGGUCGAGUCCCUGUACCUGAAGCUCUACCAUCCCGAGAGGCUCCAGGGCUACCUGAACCCGGAGCCCAUGAGACUGGCGGAGUGGGUGGGGCUGGGGCUGGUGGGAGGCUCGGCCCUGGCUCUGGCCGCCCGACGAGUCGUUGGGAAGCCCACCAGGUCCAAGACCAGCUUCCUGCUGCUGGUGGUGUACUGCAUGGGGUCGGCCGAGAUGCUGGGCAGGACCUACCUGCUGGAGCUCAGGCGCUGCUCGCCCCAGCUCUACGCCCUGGCGCCCGUGACCGAGUGCUGCACCCCGGCCAUGGUCUACCCAGCCCCAGCUGCCCGCCUGGUGGUCAGGUAUCUCCAGCAGGUCCACUGCCGGCCUGGCCUGGCCAAGGACACGGUGCUGUACCAGGCCCUGAGCCUAUAUGGGCAGCACUGCUACUUCCUGGAGCCCAACCUGGUCAGCCAUGUGGGCUUCUACUCCAUCCUCAGGGGCCUGGGCUGAGGCCUCGUGACUGUGGGUUUCCACGGCCAAAACCCUGUCCGACUGACCAACUACCUGCUCCGUCAACAGGGGCUUGUCUGUGUCUGUGUGUGUGGAUGUAUGUCUGUCUGUGUGCGUGCGAGUGUGUCUGUGUGUGUGAGAGACUGUGUGUGUGUGUAUGUGACACGGUGUCUCUUUGAUUGUCUGUAUGUAAUCUUGUGUGUGAAUGUGUUUGUGUGUAUG